GAUGGGUGUUGAUCGAGAAUAUAAAAUCAGCGAUCUUGAUGAGAAUUCGUGACUGCUGAGGGGAGGGGGUUCUGGCUUGGGUUAGGAUUGGUGCACUCUGGGGGAGGAACACCCUGGGAAUCUUAUGGCUGUCGGAAUUGGUCUGUCUGUUCUAGCAUCUUUCUUGUCUUGCAGCUGAAGACCAGCGAAGCGCAGUUCUGCCUUUCUCCAGUGUGCAUGAUACACGAGAACAGGAUUGGUGGCAGAGAACCCAGAUCUUUAUGGACGGUUCCUGCUCCGUUCCUUAAGAAAACACAGCCAGAAACCGCUUCGAGGUUGAGACUGACCGGACUCUCACCUUCCCAUUCACUGCACGGCAAACGGAGCUUCACCUUUGAAAUCACAGCGGGAAGCUGCAUCUCAGCAUCAAUUUCCCAAAUUCACUGCCUUAUUCUACUGUCCUCUUAUCUCUUUGCUUCUUGUCCAUUCUCACUUCUGCUUCACAGCGCAACAACAACAAAACAACUACUACUGGCUCCGUCUACCUCACUUCGUUGAAGAUGUUCGUCUACCGCCGCGAAGAUCUACCUACGGACCCGGUGUU